UCUAUCUAUCUAUCUAUUCGGAUAUUUAACUGUCAGGACCCGAGUUUUGCAUCUGGAGGGCGAUGAAUCGCUCGCCGAUGUCAUCGAUGAAUGAAUCCCAGGAAUGGUAGUCGAGCACGGAUAAGAACAGAGGUUAGAUGGAAUAUGGCUCUCUCCAGAGGUUUGAGAUGCUGUCAGAGGGUUUUCUCUUGGAUACCAGUGCUUAUAAUAACCUCCGUGGUGUUGUGGUCAUACUACGCCUACGUCUUUGAGCUAUGUCUUCAUACACUCACCAACACGUUGGAAAAAGUGGCCUAUCUACUGGUAUUUCAUGUUUGUUUUGUGAUGUUCUCCUGGACAUACUGGAAGUCCAUAUUUACUCCUCCUGCCACACCAUGCAAAAAGUUUCAGCUGUCAUACUCAGACAAACAAAGAUACGAGAUGGAAGAGAGGCCAGAUGCUCAGAAACAAAUCCUGGUUGAGAUUGCAAAGAAAUUGCCCAUCUUUACUCGAGCUCAGUCUGGAGCUAUCAGGUUCUGCGACCGCUGCCAGGUACUGAAGCCUGACCGCUGUCACCACUGCUCGGUUUGUGAAACAUGUGUCUUGAAGAUGGACCAUCACUGUCCCUGGGUGAACAACUGUGUGGGAUUUUCCAACUACAAGUUUUUCCUGCUUUUCCUCUCCUACUCCAUGCUGUACUGUAUAUUCAUUGCGGCAACAGUCUUUCAGUAUUUCCUCAAAUUCUGGGUGGGGGACUUGCCAAAUGGGCCCGCAAAGUUCCAUGUCCUCUUCCUCAUGUUUGUGGCGCUCAUGUUCUUCGUCAGUCUCAUGUUCCUCUUUGGCUAUCACUGUUGGUUGGUGUCCAAAAACAGAUCCACUUUAGAGGCCUUUUCAGCUCCUGUUUUUCUCACUGGACCAGACAGAAAUGGCUUCAAUGUCGGUAUACGCAGAAACCUGCAGCAGGUAUUUGGAGAGAAUCGGAGACUGUGGUUCAUCCCUGUUUUCACAAGCCAAGGGAAUGGCCACUACUUCCCCUUAAAGAAUCGGAGCUCAGAGACCCACAACCCCUUAUUAGCUAAUGAGGACAUGUGGGAGGAGUCCGAUGACUGCUCUGAGGAAGAAAGCCUGGCUGAGGACCAUGACCCCUCUGUAACCAUUGAGAUGGAGGAAUAGUAAUUUAAUUAAAGGACAAUUUACACUGGUACAAAGGUUGUAUAUUAAUAUUGUAUGCACUGUGUACCUACGAGGAGGCAAAUGCAUUCCAAAUCAUGUGGAUGUUCAGUCACUGCGGAAAAAAAAAUCUGAAGGGGGCCAAACGUGUGGAUUUUGUAAUGUUUGGAUCAUUUGCCACUGUUACUUGGGUGUUUAACAUAAUGAUGUAUAGAGGAAUCCGAUGGACAACCAGUAGCAUCACCUCUGCUCACCUCAUGUGGACAACAGUAUUCCAAAUCAAACUCUAGUUUGAUUUGUGGGGGGGGAAACAAAAACUGUCAAAUAUUACCUCAUGCCAGAGUUGGAAUGUAACAAAGUAUAUUUACUCAAGUACUGUACUUAAGUACAAUUUUGUUGUACUUGUACUUUACUUGAGUAGUUCCAUUUUACAUUAUAAUCUACUAUAUUUAGGAGCAAAAUAUUGUACUUUUUAUUCCACUACAUUUAUUUUACAUUUCAGAUUCAGAUUAUUAAUACACAAUAUAAACUAAUAAUCUAUGACAUUUUAUUAUAGACUAAGAUACCCAGCAGUUUAAGUAAUUAAUUUUAGCUUCAUCUUUACCAGCUGCAUCAUUACAUUUAUGUAUGAAUAAUUUUAAUCCACUAAUAUAAUAAUAAUAAUAGUGAUAAUAAUGAUAAUAAAAAAAUAAUAAUUGUAUUUUCUGAAAUGGGUCACUCCCUCUUCCCUCUCCACUUUUACUUUUUAGACUUUUAAGUAUAUUUUGAUGAUACUUUUGUACUUUUACCUGAGUAAGAUUCUAAAUGCAGGGCUUUUACUUGUAAUGGUAUUUUUACACUGUGGUAUUGCUAUUUUUACUUAAGUUUAAUUAUUCCACCACCGCCUCACACACACAAAAAAAGACAACUGCUAUUAUUUCCUGUUCCAUUGGUGAUAUACUUCCCCCUGGUUGUUCAUCUCAACGCACUAGCCUCUGUGGGAUUAUAAAUUGCUGUUUGGGAAUUGGGAAGAUUCUGUCUGGUACUGUACUUCUGGUAUUUUGUAUGCCUCUGUUUUCAGUGCUGGGCUGUGAGUUUCCAGUGUUGCACCUUAGAGCUUGGUCUAUGACCUCACACCACUAUGCUCCAGAGGACUCUUAUAGUGAUUCAGUUGUCUGGUCCUGCAGAAUAAGCAUAUUAGAAUACCUGACUUACCCUUUGCCUUAUUAAUAUAUUUAUUCUUUUGUUUUAAGAAUGUAUCAUGCACCAUGCUUGUGUAUAGUAUGGGCCAACAUUUUGGGCACCUAUUUAUGAAAGCAUAUUUCAGAAUUAAUAUUUAGAGUGACUUAAAAUGCCAUUGCUGUUGUCUGAUCAACCUGGUGACAGUGAUAAAAAGAUGUUUCACAGCUACAACUUAUUAUGGCUGAAAAUUAAUGCUGAAAUCUCAACCAGAGUAAUAAUGCAAACUUAAGGUAAUGUCUAUCAUUUUUCCCAGCAGAGUCAUCCUGAAUAUAUUGUAUAUCAUGACUUAAAUGACAUUGGUGUCAUUGCGGACUUCAGAAAAGGUGCAGUGAUCUGGGUUGAGCAUACAAGACAUACUGUGAUGGAGUUUUUGUUUUUUUUUUUUAAGUGAUUGCAAUCUUGUUUUCCACCUGAUCGGCCAUCUGAGUACACUUCUGUGUGGGUAUAGAGAUACAAAAUGAUAGGAAAGUGAAGUGAGAUCAGAGUUCAUCGUGGGAACAGAAUCAUACAUGAGCUCAUAGGUUCUUCUGUGUCUGUAUGCACUUUUGAUCUUUUUAAGCAUAACAUAACUGUGUACAUAAUGACUGAUCCUCAUCCACUGGUUGGUAGAGGUCAGUGGUCCUCUGCAAUAUGAUGUUUUGAAUUUUUUCUACCUAUGUUUAUGAAUAUUGAAAUUUUUAAUACCAAGGAAACAUAUUCUCUUCAUCGAGACUGUAGGGUUUAAGGACUUGUUUAUUUAGCCAGUGUACUAAAAGACUAUUUCUGUGACUGAGUACAUCCAUUUAUUCAAUAUGAGUAAAAAGUUGGGCCUUUAUCAAACCCUGAUGCUGUCCGAUCUUGACACUUGCUUCAUCAGGUCUGCUUUUCUGCUAUAUUGGGUAAGCAAAAUCAGAUGCUUCUCACGUGAGAAAUACGUAUCACAACAUAGACAACCCAUUUAUUGAUUAAAACUGUCGUCUCUAUCCGAGGUAUGAUUCAACGUUUGAAAAUAUGUAUAAACCAUUAGGAAAGAUGUGGAUGUUGAGUGUUGUAUGUAGUCUUGUGUCUGUUUGUUGUCACAAUGUUCAGCUGUUUUGUGUAUUGGGUUUACUGAUCCAUAACUGCUGCAGGCAGUGUCUGUAUAUUUUGCUCCAUCAAGUGAUACUUAAAUUAAACUACUGAAGCAAUGUGCUUUAAUCAAGUAGUAGGAUAUUUAUAACAUGAAAAGAAAAAACAUUGUACCCAGUUUGCAGACAGGACUUCAGUAUUGCUAGAGCCCAUACAGUAUGGUCCCUUUGGAAACAUCUUUGGAGUAUGUGAUUAUGCCGCUUCUCUUUUUCUAUGCCUCUCAACUGUACCGAUACUGUUUCAACUGCAGUUCUGUCUGUUAAGAAAUAUAAACUCUUUAUUUUCCAUCAGUUGUUGCAACAUGCAAAAUAAAAUGAUCCAAGUUGAACUCA